UCUUGUCGACUUCCAUAGGUUGAACACAGCUUAGUGGAAAUUUUGGAUCUCGUAUUGAAACAACACUUAUGACAUCUGCUAUCUAAAAUUCGGUGUGAUAAUUUCUGGAACGAUUCAUUCCAUUUGGAGAAUAGUUUGUUUCUAUUACAAGCGAGUAAAUUACGUAAAGAGAUUAUUUUUCGCGUUAGGAGAAUGCAAAACGCGCGCGAUGACGUUGCUACCACCGACCGUAGAACAACAGAAACGGAUAAACGAGGCAGUUCCAACGGAUCCUGAAGCGAAGAAACGCGAUGUGGCCGCCAUACGCGAGUGGCUGUCGAAACAACCUCAUCUACCUAAUCAUAUGGACGAUGCGAGGAUUGAAAGAUUCCUAUUUGGUUGCAAGAAUAGCAUAGAGCGAUGCAAGAUGAUUUUGGAGAGAUAUUUCAGCGUGCGUACCGCGAUUCCAGAAUUUUUCGCCGUUCGAGAUCCGUUUGCGCGAGAAAUUCAAGAAUGCUGCGAAGCAAUCCAUUAUUUCGUCUUACCAUCAUUAACCAACGAAGGACACCGCGUAACUAUCUUGCGAUUAAAAGACACUAGUACAGAGAGGUUUUCCAUCCAAGCUAUCUCCAGGAGGAUUCUUAUGGUUCUGGAUACUCGUUUAAUGGAAGAGCGUUGUCUAUCAAACAUUAUGGUUAUCGAUCUCGAGGGAUUCAGCAUGAUUCAUUUUACGAAGUGUAGUCCAACGCAGAGCAUCGUCCGGAAGUCGAUGUUGGCAGUGCAAGAUAGCAUGCCAUUAAGACUGCAUAGAGUCCACUUCCUUCACGCGCCUGCUUUCAUUGAAAGUAUUCUAAAUAUAUUUUACCCUCUAUUAAAGGAUCGACUUGUACAGAAAUUUUGCAUUCAUACCGGUGGUGGUGAGGAAUUGUACCCUUACAUGGACAAGGAUAUACUUCCAAACGAGUGGGGUGGGAAAGCAGGCACCCUGGAUGAAUUAAAUGACGCGUGGAAAAAGAAAAUUGAGAAAAACAGAGAUUGGUUUUUGCGAGAAGAAAAGCUCAGCCGGACAAACGAAAAAGCCAGAGUUCCAGAAUCUAAAUCAAGACUUCUGACGGAACUGGAUGGAUUACAGGGUUCUUUCAGACAAUUAAAUAUCGAUUAAGAUCUCUCGAAUCAAAAAUUAACUUUCUCUAUGAUUAUUUUCUCGUUUGUACCUUAUUUUCAAUCUGAUAUUGUACCGUAUUUAAGAUUGUUUUUGUAUAACAAAGACUAUCUUUUACGUCUAAAGGAACAGUUUGGAACUUGUUCGAUUCUUAAAUUAGACUUGGUGAGAACGCUUCGCAAGUUCUAAUUCAGAUAGCGCCACAGGACCCUUCCGAACUUUGGAACGUGUUCCAGUUGGUAUAUUUUUGUUUGAGUAGAAAUUGAUAUCGCUUAUCUUAUAGAAGUAACGUAUGAAAUAAUGUUUGAGAUGAUUAAUCGAAUGAUCUUAUCAUUGAUGUAUCCAAAAUAUACUGUUCUGCUAUUUUGUAAUGUUUACUCAAUAUUAACAAUAAACUAUUUUUUUACAUAAA